UUUGUUCUUGGGUUGCCGCCGCCGCCCGACUCGGUUUCCUACCUCCCUCUGGUCGCCUCCCGCCGCCUGUGUUGUUCUCCCAGCUCAGCGAGCGCCCGCCGUUCGCUCCCCCCUCCCGAGCCGCAGCUGCGAGCUGCCUGGGACUGGGAUCAGCUGCGCGGAGAGGCCUGUGCGGGCGGGUGCGCGUGGGCGGGCGGAGGACACAGGAGCGGCGCAGAUCUGCGGGGAGGCAGCGCCGAGAUCCCCGUCGCUGCAGGGUUAGCUCGGAGAUCCCUAUGGCGAUAGCGGACCUCACAGACCCCCAUUAUUAUAGAGCUAGCUGGUGAGAUCGCUAUAGGGGUGGCUCAGUGAUCCCCACUGCUAUAGGGGGGCACAGAGAUCCCCACUGCUAUAGGGGUAGCUCAGAGAUCCCGUUGCUAUAGGGGGGCACAGAGAUCCCCACUGCUAUAGGGGUAUCUUAGAGAUCCCCACUGCUAUAGGGGUAGCUCAGAGAUCCCGUUGCUAUAGGGGUAGCUCAGAGAUCCCGUUGCUAUAGGGGAGCACAGAGAUCCCCACUGCUAUAGGGGUAUCUUAGAGAUCCCCAUUGCUGUAGGGGUAGCUCAGAGAUCCCGUUGCUAUAGGGGGGCACAGAGAUCCCCACUGCUAUAGGGGUAUCUUAGAGAUCCCCAUUGCUGUAGGGGUAGCUCAGAGAUCCCGUUGCUAUAGGGGUAGCUCAGAGAUCCCGUUGCUAUAGGGGAGCACAGAGAUCCCCACUGCUAUAGGGGUAUCUUAGAGAUCCCCAUUGCUGUAGGGGUAGCUCAGAGAUCCCGUUGCUAUAGGGGUGGCUCAGUGAUCCCCACUGCUAUAGGGGGGCACAGAGAUCCCCACUGCUAUAGGGGUAUCUUAGAGAUCCCCAUUGCUGUAGGGGUAGCUCAGAGAUCCCCGUUGCUAUAGGGGUAGCUCAGAGAUCCCGUUGCUAUAGGGGAGCACAGAGAUCCCCACUGCUAUAGGGGUAUCUUAGAGAUCCCCACUGCUAUAGGGGUAUCUCAGAGAUCCCCAUUGCUGCAGGGGUAGCUCAGAGAUCCCGUUGUUAUAGGGGUAGCUCAGAGAUCCCGUUGCUAUAGGGGUCGCUCAGUGAUCCCCACUGCUAUAGGGGAGCACAGAGAUCCCCACUGCUAUAGGGGGGCUCAGUGUGUCUCACUGCUAUAGGGGUGGCUCAGAGAUCCCCACUGCUUUCAGGGAAGCUCAGAGAUCCUCAUUGCUAUAGGGGUAUCUUUGAGAUUCCUGUUGCUAUAGGGGUAGUUCAGAGAUCCCCGUUGCUAUAGGGGUGGCUCAGUGAUUCCCACUGCUAUAGGGGAGCACAGAGAUCCCCAUUGCUAUAGGGGAGCUCAGAGAUCCCCGUUGCUAUAGGGGUAGCUCAGAGAUCCCCAUUGCUUUCAGGGAAGCUCAGAGAUCCUCAUUGCUAUAGGGGUAUCUUUGAGAUUCCCGUUGCUAUAGGGGUGGCUCAGAGAUCCCCAUUGCUAUAGUGAAGCUUAGAGAUCCCCACUGCUGUAGAGGGUAGCUCAGAGAUCCCCAUUGCUAUAGGUAAUACCUGGAUCUCCAGCACAGUAAGGUUUAGCUUGGCCUGGGUCUUUCAGCACUAACUGUGGAGCAGCACCCUGUCCUCCUGCUAUCAAGGGUGAGCCCUGUUACCUGCCCACCAGAGGCAUCCAGUGCCACCACUCUUCAUAAGAAAGGCCUAGGGACACACAGGAGAGGAGGUGAUGCGGGGCUGAUGUGAUCCCAUCCCACCAGUGCCAGAGGAGGGACGGAUGGAGAAUUUCACGCCACUCUCCUCGGGGCAAAAAAUGGUGUCCGAAAAACAUCGUAGCACCUGCCAGGCCUCCUGUCAGGAUACUUCAUUACGGAGCAGCAGGAAUUGACCCACAGUUGCUGCUGGAGUGAGCCAAUGAUGGGGGGCAUGGCGAGGAGGAAGGGACCACACCUUGUUUGGAACUCUAUUCAGCAAACUGUGACAUCUAGUGGCUGAGUCAUAUAUUGCAAACCAACCUUACACAGAAGAAUCAAAUACCGUAAAGAGGCUUGGCUGGCCCUUACAUUGCCCUAGUGGAACUGGUGUAAAACUGGAGUAAAGAAGAGAUGUGGCUUCUGCAGUGACUUUAACAGAUGAAAUCAUGCUCCCCCAAGAGAAUGGUUGGGUUUCUUGCUUCUCUUUCCUCCUGUUAGGUACUUAUUCCAUGGCUGCGGCAAGAAAUGCAAAUACACUGCUAGAGCUGAGCCCCCGGGAGUAUUUCAGCAGCUUGCAGCCGGGAAGAGCAUCCCUGGUUUAUUUUAGUCGAGACGAUUCUCCAGGUGUCCGUCUGUUUCUGGAACAGCUAGAGAACUCGGUUGGAGCUCUCCAGGACUAUGGGAUCUCCGUGGUGAAGGUUAAUUGUCUCAAAGAAGAUGUGUCAAGAUAUUGUGGGAAAGAAAAUGCCUUAAUGAAAGCAUACCUGUUCAGAGAUAACAUAUUGCUCAGAGAAUUCCCCACAGAUGCCCUGUUUGACGUGAAUGCCAUUGUAGCCAAUACCCUGUUUGCCCUCCUCUUUAACGAAGUUAAAUACAUUACAACGCUGGUGGAGCUUCAGAAUCUGGAAAAUUCUCUGAAGGGAAGAUCAAACGUCGUCUUUGCCUAUGUGCCAGCAGUUGGAACACCAGAGCACAGAGCAGUAAUGGAAGCUGCUUUUGUAUAUGGUACUGCCCACCAGUUUGUUUUAACCACAGAGGCGGCGCUGGCGAAGGACUUUGGCCAUGAAGAUUUUGAUGCAUUGUCUGCUCAGCUCUUCUUCUGCCACUGUCAGCGGGUCCCAGAUCUGACCCAACCGUGUAGGAGGACUCCGAUGGUGCAAUCACUGACCACGCUGAACAUCCACACAUAUCUCAAACUGAUGGCAGCACCCAUUGUGACUGAAGUUGCUGAAGAUCCAGAAAAGGUUUCAACUAUCCACCUACAGCUCGGGCUGCCGCUGGUAUUUAUUCUCAGUCAGCAGGAGACCUAUGAAUCUGAUAAGAGAACUGCUGAGUUUGUGGCAUGGCAGCUGCUGGGGAAAGCAGGAGUUGCCCUCUUGUCAAGGGACUCCAUAGAUCUGAAUGUUCUUCUCCGGUCUAACAUAGCCCUCAAGACAGCAGAAGAGGGUGCGCCUAUCAAAUACCUGGUUUUGGAAGACACUGAUGAAAUAGUAGCCCUUGUGGAAGACAAGAUAAAGGGCGAACAGAUCCCGGAAGAUGAGGAUGAAAGUGACAAUAAUGACCAGGACAUUCAAGAUGACCAGGUGAUGGAAGCGGUUUACAGAGACAGGAAGCGAGAACUCCCUUUGGAACUCAUCCGUACCCUGACAGAAGAAACUUUUAAUGCUGCUCUGACAGAGACUGCUCACAUGGUGGUGCUAUUCUACGCCAGUUGGGAAGCGGUGUCUCUGGCGAUGUUGCAGUUGUAUGUAGAGGUGGCCGUUGCGUUAAAAGGAACCCAAGGAAUUUCGCUUGCCAAAGUAAACUGCUGGGACUGGCCUGAUGUCUGCAUGAAGCAGAAUGUCACCCAAUUUCCCAUUACCAAGAUGUAUGAGAAGGGAGCAAGAUCACUGACUUACACUGGCAUGCUCGGAACAGCAGAGCUGCUCAGAUUUCUCAGGCUAAGCAGCAUUUCCUGCCCUGCGAAGCUGACCACCAUUGAAGAAGUAGACGAAUAUUUAACUGGGGAAGUCCAUGCCGACUCGUCAUCAUACCACAGCACACCAGUUCUGGGAAUAUUUCACCCUAGCAUGAAAGAAGCAAGGGAAACUUUCGUCGAAGCAGGGAACAUGCUCAGGGGAUAUGUAACAACAGGACUGUAUGCUGAAGAUGAUGCAUUGAUUCUGGCCCAUAAAUAUGCCGUGCCUCUUCCAGCGCUGCUUCUAGCUAGGCGUGAAGAUCACAGAAUAGAUAGCAUCCCGCUGUCAAAACAGAGUGCACCGGACGUAGUUCAGACAAUCAGGUCCCAAUUACUGGAAACAUUUCCAGAAAUCACAGUGGAAAACCUCCCCGACUACCUGAGCCUGGAAAAACCCUUACUCAUUUUGUUCAACGAUCGAGGCCUAAAUCAAAGCAUGAGAAUGGAAAUGUUGAGUGUGGUGAAUGGAAAAGGGCGCGAGGCGUUUCUCGCUUGCUGGAUGAACUUGAAAAACACUCCUGUCGGCAGAGGAGUCCUGAAGGCCUAUUUCAGCACUCCACCUCCUCUGCCUCUUCUUGCCUGGGUGAACCGUCAUUCCAGCGGUCAAGUAUUCUCAUUUCCUUCAGACCAACCCGUCACCGAAACGAACGUCUUGUCUUGGCUCGAGAAGUUAAAAGCCGGGCUCGAGAUUCCCAGCGCUACUUUGUCUGAUGAAGCCUGGAAGCCUCCUCUUCCUGCUUACAAUUUCUUACGCAUGAUGGAGGCCACCCUGCCUAAAUUCACAGUGCACACAGUUUAUAGUCGUGGUGGCACCGAUGAGCUGCAGCAGGCAGAAGAGGUCUUGGAAGAGAAGUCGACAGUCCGAGAGGAGCAGGUGGAAGAACCCGGGCUGGAAGCAGAGGAAGGCCAGUCGCCAGGGAGAGACUUGCGUGGCACGGUCCCAAGGCUCGCAGGAAGAGAGAAGUCGCCCAAGCAACAUACAGAGCUGUGAUGGCCAACGAUCAGCAUACGGGUACUAACGAAGGCCGUUAGAAGGGUGGCCAGGAUAUUUCACCCAUGCCGAUUCGAUGAUUAAAAUGGUCAUAGCGAUUCUUUAAAACCAAAAGGGAUGUGGUUGUGUGACAAACUGGUUGUGGAGUGACGGCCGCAGCAGGAUUACGGUUUAAAGCCCAAUUUCAAAGCCAAUCAAGUACAGGUCAUUUUGUCUAGCGCAACGAUCUGUGUUACCGCAGCUGGGGUCUGAGAAUGUUCCUGGCUGCUGCAGAUCACCACUUAAAUCUGACCUGUUUUAUUGCGUUUCUUGGCAAAUCAGGAAGGGAAAUAGCCCGGCAUUCUGCACUUUGCAAGCUGAUCAGGAUGUGUGAACAAGCCAAUUCCUAUUGCUGAGGGCUCUGUCCACACACCGAACUAUCCCAGUCUAGUUAAAGCCUAGUGUACGUGCAGUUAUACUGGUAUAAAUGUGAUUACGCCAGCAUAAGGCACCUUUACACCAGUAUAGCUGUGUCCACACUAGGGGUAUGUCUACACUACCCACCAGAUCGGCGGGCAGCGGUCGAUCCAGCGAA